ACUUUUAUGUCAGCCAUUGGUCUCAAAUUCUGAAAAAGCUCCCUUUUUUACUUUUCCCUGAGAAAGAAUUGGAUUCAAAGUUGUGGUGAUUGGGCAAAUGGGUAUCGAUCGGCGGCGGCGGAGGUGGUGGUGCGUCGUCGUAUUGAUCGGAAUUGUAGGCGUUGUGAUGACCGUAAGUGCUUCGGAAAGUCACAAGAAGCAGGAACAACUGGUGACUCGAAUUGCCUUCGGAUCAUGCUCCAACCAGAGCGCUCCUCAGCCUAUUUGGGAUGCAAUAGUAGACUUCCGUCCCCAAAUUUUUAUAUGGAUGGGUGAUAACAUUUAUGGAGACAUCAAACGCCCUUUUAAACUAUUUGGACGGGAAAGGACUAUUGGGCCAUGGAAGAAUGUUCCUCGAUUUGUUCCUUCCUCUGAGCAGGAAAUGGAGGCUAAGUACAGAAAGGCCAAGUCUAAUCCUGGUUAUGCUCGACUUAAAGAGAAUGCUCAGGUUAUUGGUACAUGGGAUGAUCAUGAUUAUGGAUUAAAUGAUGCAGGAAAAGAGUUUCAUGGAAAAAUCACCAACCAAAAGUUACUUCUUGAUUUCUUGGAUGAACCUCAAGAUAGCCCACGGCGGAAACAGGCCGGUGUGUAUGCCUCGUAUACAUAUGGUCCUGUCGGUAGAGAUGUCAAGAUUGUCCUCUUAGAUACCAGAUACCACAGAGACCCAGUAGGAAGUGAUGGAACCAUUUUGGGGAAUUCACAAUGGUUAUGGUUGGAGAGAGAGCUAAAGGGUCCAUCAACAGCCAUUACCAUAAUUGGAUCUUCUAUUCAGGUUAUAUCAAAUCUUUCAGCAACCACUCACCCAUUAUUCACUAUGGAAUCUUGGGGCCGUUUUCCAAAGGAAAGAGAUCGUCUUUUCAAAUUAAUAGCAGAUAAUAAGAGGGGUGGAGUAUUCUUCAUAAGUGGAGAUGUUCACUUCGGGGAAAUCACAAGAUAUGAUUGUGAUUUGGACUACCCACUAUAUGAUGUAACCUCAAGUGGGGUUACUCAAUCAGUUGAGGGGGUUGUCCCGCCUUUCUUGCAUUUUCUAGUGAGAUUUGUGGCAUGGUUGACCCCAUCUACAAUGAGAGUUAAUGGCCAAAACUGCAGAUACAGUACUUGUACAUUUGGCCAGCAAAACUUUGGAACUGUUGAAAUAGAUUGGGACUCUCAUCCAGUGACUAUGAAAUUAGAAGUCAGGGACAAGAAUGGUGUCGCUGUUACAGGUGUCAAUAUUUCAAUAAUGGAUUUACAGCCAUCAAAUUCAGAGACUUGGGACAGAGUAAAAGCGGGACAUAAUCAGAAGCAUUGUACUCUUGAAGUUAGUCUGCCAUGGAUUAUAAGAUAUCGUCUGACUAUCUUAUUUUGUUUCACCUUAGUUGUGUUGCUUCUUGCGUUCUUAGGGCUUGUUUAUACCUCCAUCUCAGUUUUUCGACUAGGAGGCUGCAAAAGAAAGCACGAUUGAUACACGUAGAGAUACAUACAGAGUCAGCAAAAGGGAGCAUGUAUUAUCUCUUCUCCUUUGUAGAUUUAACCUCAGUGAUUAUAGGUCAAUAAGAUGUAUAGAGUAUUCUUGCACUGUUUCCACUAAUCAAUCCUUUAUCUCUAAGUACACUUAGAAGUUGAUUUUUGGUAUUGCUUGGGAAGUUUAUUUAACGCUUGAGCCUUUUGAUAUGAUGCAUAGAAUGUCAUUGACAUGUUACCAUUAUGUUAUGGAAUCCUUGUAUUACU